AUGUUCCGUGCCCGCCUCGCAACGGAUGCCUUGGAUUCCAUUAAGCAGCCAGUGACGGCGGAGGAAGCGUAUGAGGAGGCCAAGUCGUUGCUGAGGUACCCUGUCGACUCAAUCACAGAAGGCCUCAUGAAGAAGUUUGAGAUAACGGAUGUGGACGCCAAGACUUUUGUUGUGAAGGUGAUCAUAGAUGGCCAGAAGUUGGACAAGUGGGGCUAUGGUAAGGGAGAUGGCACCGACAGAGUCAGACACUGGAAGAAGGUGGUCAUGGAUGAUGCCAACAUGUCGCUCACCAUUCAGGAUUUUGUCCCAGAAGCAGCACUUGGUGCAUGGGUGGAUGAGGCUACAGACAAGGAGGCUUACAACACCUGCAUCCUUCAAGUUGAGAAGUCGCCGCCGCGCAUUCUCAUCAUCUUUGACGACAAGGACGGAAAGCGCCUCUCAGAUGAGGGAUUCAGAGACGUCAUGUACACAUGGACCGAUGGCAUCGUCAGCGGUGUUCAGACUUACAAGACCGCCAAGGUGAAGGUGAAGGCAAACGCACCUUCACUGGUCGAGGAGGGUAAGGAGAGUAUGGUGUCGGAACCCAUGGACGCCCACGUGAAAUACGACAAGUUCUGGGACAAGCACUUGCAGUACUGCAAGGACUUUGUGAAGAACGUGUCGGCCCCAGGAAGCACUUGGUUCUGCCUUGAGGAGUUUGGCUUGUGA